CCUCAGAUCCAGUAACACUGCUGUGGUGUUUCACACAGCCAUGCGCACUAACACAUCCGACUCCCGCAACCUGCUGGUUUUACUGCUGUGCGUGUUGCUAAUGACCUGUGCGGGGAUGAAGAACGACGCUACGGAGAUCGUGUACCCGCACAUAGCGGAGAGUCCAGCCGAAAACCCCGCGGAUGACGCCGCUCAGAACCGCGCGCGGACCGGUGGAGGAACACCGGGCGCCGGUGUGAGCUCAGAGAACACGGCGCGAGAGCGAGCCGACCCAGGUCCAAUGGGCUGCCGCGAACUGCGCUCCACUAAGUACAUAUCAGAUGGCCAAUGUACCAGCAUCAACCCUAUCAAAGAGCUUGUUUGUGCAGGAGAGUGCCUCCCUGCCCAGGUGCUUCCCAACUGGAUAGGAGGAUACACCAGAAAGCAGAGGAGCCGCCGGGGCAGCCACGACUGGCGUUGUGUCAAUGACAAAACCCGCACUGAACGCAUUCAGUUGCUCUGCCAGGAUGGCAGCACCAGGACCUACAAGAUCACAGUGGUGACUGGCUGCAAGUGCAAGCGCUACCUGAGGCAGCACAAUGAAUCUGCAAAGAAGUCUGAAAGCAUCGCACAACUGCCACAGACCCACAGGUCCAAAAGCAAGAGGAAGCACCGGAAUAGCAAGGUGAACGGCAAUUGGCAUGAGCUGGAAUCCUGAGGUGCUGGGCUCUUAAUUAAGACUCUGGAUUAUUAAAGAAGGACUGCAUAGGACAGAGUUGAUGAACUUGGGAUCAGUGGAUCAUGUAUUUAAUGAAAGAGGUUACAGCCCCACAAUGUGCCAUACAAACAUUAUGCCAGAGUGUUUGUGGCAUUUUGAAUCUAAAUUAUCACCUAAGAUGACUGUCUCUCUGUGAGAAAUCAUACCUCUGGCUACACGAUGCAUCGGAUGCCAGAUAAACUAGAAUCUCUCAUGUCUGAGAACCUUAUAGCUGUGUAAAUAUGUGUGUGUAAAUAAACAGCAUAUGUAUUCAUAUAUGUAAUUACCUUUGUUGCAAGAUACUUAUUUCUUUAUACCAGUAGCAAGUAUACAUUGAGAUAAUAUAUUUUAUUGUUAUUUCCAUGUUUCAUUUACCCUAACAUAUACAUGUUUAAUUU